CUGCACCUGCGGGGACGGGACGGCGGGCGGCCAUGGCGUACUCCACGGUGCAGAGGGUGGCCCUGGCCUCGGGACUCGUCCUGGCGGUGUCGCUGCUGCUACCCAAGGCCUUCCUGUCCCGCGGAAAGCCGCCGCCGGCCCCCGAAGGAAAAUUGGGCCGAUUUCCACCUAUGAUGCAUCAGCAGCAGGCACCAUCAGAUGGCCAGUCCCCUGCAUCUCGUUUCCAGAGGUCUCACCUUGCAGAGGCCUUUGCAAAGGCCAAAGGAUCAGGUGGAGGCACUGGAGGAGGAGGUAGUAGAAGAAGCUUAAUGGGGCAGAUUAUCCCAAUCUAUGGUUUUGGAAUUUUUUUAUAUAUACUAUACAUUCUGUUUAAGCUCUCAAAGGUAAAGGCUACUGGAGAGGAUCGGAAAUGCUCUACUCCCACACCUGGAAACCCCCACAGGAAAAUUACCAAUUUUGAACUUGCUCAACUGCAGGAAAAACUGAAGGAGACAGAGGAAGCCAUGGAAAAACUAAUCAGCAGAGUAGGAUCUAAUGGUGAGAGCAGAGCACAGACUGUGACUUCUGACCAAGAAAAGCGGUUGCUACAUCAGCUUCGAGAAAUCACCAGGGUGAUGAAAGAAGGAAAAUUCAUUGACAGAGCCACUCCUGAGAAGGAAGCUGAAGAGGCCCCAUACAUGGAGGACUGGGAAGGUUACCCUGAGGAGACUUACCCAGUUUAUGAUAUUUCGGAUUGCAUUAAGCAUAGGCAAGAAACAAUCCUGGUGGAUUAUCCUGACCCCAAGGAGCCCUCUGCUGAAGAAAUAGCAGAAAGAAUGACAGUGCUAGAAGAGGAAGAAUCUGAUCCUUUGGACUGGGAAGUGCCCUCCAAUCUCAGAUCCCAGGAAGACAGUUCCGUUACCUCUUAUGAUCCAAAGCCAGAAACAUGUUCUUACUGUUUUCAUGAAGAGGACCCAGCUAUGUUGGCAGAGAAUGCUGGGUUUACUACAGAGAGUUACAGUGAGCAGGAAGAAACCACCAGAGAAAUAUGGCCCCACAACUUAAGAGAUGAAGGCUGGGGCACCAGCACUGAUGAAGUCUAUGUCGCUGGCACACUGAGGAAACGAACCCCACAGGAUGUGGAGGGCAAGUCAUCAGCUUGGUGAAAUUCAUGAUUCAUGAUUCCAAGGUCACCACUGUCCCAUCUCUGACUGCAUCCUGGCCCUGUAUCAGAGUCCCUGUGUUCAGAUAUCAUAGCCAGCCAGGUUAUACCCCCCAUAUCAUGUAUUUUUCCUGGUAUCACAUAUCUAUCACCUUGUAGAACAACAGAGAGAUCAGUGGGAAGACAGGCAGUGUCACCAUUUCUCUUCCUGCCUAUGCUCAUCACAACUGAUCCAUCAAGUAAUCCUGUUUGAUUUAUUGUAAUUGCAGAUGGGACUGCUCAGGCACAUAGGUCUGCCUCUUCCUGCUAGGAAUAAUACAUGAUUGACCUGUGAAUGAACAUCACCUUACUUGUGAGGAGUACUUAUCGUCACCUGAGUGUGAAGAUGUCAUGUCCAAGAUGCCUUAUUCUGGGGAACUUGAGAAAUUUAGUGUUCCCUGGGUUCAAGAAGAGACCAUUUUAUGUGUGAGUGUACUAGGACCAGGGUAGGGUAUUGUUCUGCUGCCUGAGCUGAUUGAAGCCCCUUUCUCAGAGCGUUGCAGCCUCUAACAGCCUGUCUUGGGCAGCAGAGCAGAAGAUGCCC